UCCACCUGGAAGGUCUGGUCCCUGCCCCCACCCCAGAACGAUGCCAUGAAGCAGCCCUCUCUGACAUACGCUUGUAACUCUGCCCCACAAUCAGUAUCCUCUCCUCUCCUAGCAGCGGCCCACAGGAAUGACACUGUCUUCAAUGGAAAAAGGUGCCUAUUUGCAGUCACCCUACCAGCGCCACAGCAGUGGCAGAGCACGAGCAGAGGAAACCACGGUUCUCACUACCCAGUGCACCCCCUGCCAACAACUUGUUAAAACAUGCAGGAUUACCAUGGAGUUCUAGGAGUACGGAGAUAAUUGUCCUCACGUGAGGACAUUAAAAAGGCUUAUCAUAAAGUGGCACUUAAAGGGCACCCUGAUGAAAACCCAGAUAAUAAAGAAGCCGAGAGAAAAUUCAAAGUAGCUGAAGCACAUAAGGUAUUAUCAAGAGAUGAAAAAUCGGACAUUUAAAAUAAAUAUGGCAAAGAAGGAUUAAACGGUGAAGAUGGGAGUAACUUUAAUGAUUCUUUUGAGUAUGGCUUCAUAUUCUGUAAGCCAGACGUCUUAAAAAACUUUCAUAAAAGGGACUCGUUUUCAUUUCAUUUCUUUGAAGACUCAGUUGAGGACCUUUUAAAUAGCUCAAUAAGUUCCUAUGGAAGCAGAAACAGGUGCAAGAUGCUUUUUCUCUGCCUCCAGUGGAUAUCCAGCGUUUGGAGAUUUUUCUCUUAUGAUAUAAGAUAUAUACCAUAUGGUUCACUGGGCCAUGAGGGCAUUAAUUCUUUUUUUUCCCUGGCAUUUGACGACAGUGGGAUGGCCAACUACAUAUUUUUUAUAAUUUCACAUAAAAUUGUUAAUGGCAGAAAUAGUAACAAACAAUUAUUGAAAAUGAUAAAAAAAAAAGAUGAGGAUGGUGGCAAGCUGAAGUCCUUCCUUCUAAGUCGUGUGGCCGAUAAAGAGGGCUUUGCAGGUCUUCUCCAGCCACUCAACAAUUAUUCACCGAAGUCCCACAGCCCCAAGCAUGGAUUUCUAGCUUGUGUGGGAAAUGAUGAGCAGGGUGCACCUUGGGUCACCAGCAACAGGAUCCCUGUCUUCUCAGCAGGAUUCGAAGAAGGUGGUAAGACGGAAAAAAGCAUGAAGAGGUGCAGAAGUCAACCAGAAGGAAUCAUUAAAUUAACUCUGCAGGAACAUUAUGUUCAUACAAUAUUUGAACACAACGCUUUGUGUUUUGAUUAAUCAGAGUUUUGUAGAUAACUGCAAAGAUUACCGUAUUUUACUGUGAAGAAUGGAAAAGAUUAUUUUCCUUUUGUUUUUGAGCUAAAUGUUUACAUAUUGUUUUUUUGGUAAAGUUUAUGGUCAUUUUCAUUUCUUUUAAUUAAAUCUACUAUGCAAACAUCUGAAAUAUGUAUAGCCUUUGAAACUAGAACUGUAUUGAAAUGUACAGGUUCAAACUAUAUAGUUAUUCAUGAAAUGACUUUUUUCCAAUAGAGACAGAGCAUUUGACACAUAAAGACAUUAUAAAUUUAAAAUUGAAGUGUAAAGUAUUUUUUAAUCUUUAUUAUAUUUUUUCCAUUACCAUUUAAGGUACUUUCUUUUAUGUUAAAAUAGCCAGACUCAUAUUUGCAUACCCUUAUUCACGAUAGCCAAGAGGUUGAACCAACCCAAAUGAAGUGAGAUUUCUGUUUCGUCAUGUUUGACUUUUAAGUUGGUAAGUGGGUGGGGAGAAAAGGUAAUUUAUUCUGUAGCAGGUUUUGGGAACAAUUAGCACUUAAAGCUUAUUUUCAGAAAAUAAAAUAAUAAAAGCCUAGGGUAUCUUAAAUGGUACCUAUAUAAAAUGUGAUAUUUAGUCGAGUUUAUCUAUUACAUUGUGGGACUAAUCAGAGCAGAAAAAUAUAUAAUUUUCUAACAAAUGGGAAAAUCAGUGUCUGAAAAUUUAAGAAUGCAAUGAUGUGCCUUCCAGUCCAUCUUCCCAGUCUAAACAGAUAACUA